AUGCCUAUCGCCACUCACUUCACUCUGAACACUGGCGCCAAAAUCCCGGCCGUGGGAUUUGGAACAUGGCAAGCCAAGCCUAUGGAGGUAGAGAAAGCAGUUGAAGUCGCCCUUAAGCAAGGAUAUCGCCACAUUGACUGUGCCGCUAUCUAUCGCAACGAAACAGAGGUCGGAAACGGAAUUCGCAAGUCAGGGGUGGCCCGUGGCGAGAUCUUCGUCACUGGCAAGUUGUGGAACACGAAGCAUGCCCCCGGUGACGUCGAAGCCGCUUUGGACAAGUCCUUGAAAGACCUGGACCUUGAUUAUCUUGACCUAUAUCUUAUGCACUGGCCUUGCGCUUUCAAGGGAGGAGAUAAAUGGUUCCCUCUUGACAAAGAUGGUGUAUUUGAGCUGGCAGAUGUUGACUACAUCACCACUUAUAAGGCAAUGGAAAAGUUGCUGGCAACCGGCAAGGUACGGGCUAUCGGAGUUUCGAACUUCAAUAUCCGUCGCCUGGAGGAGCUGUUGGGUCAAGUCAGCGUGGUUCCCGCAGCCAACCAAAUUGAAGCCCAUCCAUACCUCCAACAGACAGAGCUACUGCAGUUUUGUCAGAGCAAGGGAAUCAUCGUUGAAGCCUACUCGCCCUUGGGUAACAACCAGACCGGGGAGCCCCGAACAGUUGAUGAUCCUCUUGUUCACGAUGCCUCACGUGAUGUUGGUCUGGACUCAGGUGCUCUUCUUGCCAGCUGGGGUGUCCAGCGUGGAACUGUGGUCUUGUCAAAGAGUGUCACUCCCUCGCGUAUUGCGUCCAAUCUACAGGUCCGGGAAUUACCCGAGGCCGCUUUUGCAAAGCUCACCUCGUUGGAGAGACACAAACGCUUCAACUUCCCUACCAUUUGGGGUUAUGACAUUUUCGAGGAAGUGGGUGAAGAGGCUGUUCGCAAAGCUGCCUUGGAGGCGGGCCCGGCAAACAAAACCAAGUUUGUUGUAUAG